AUGUGCAUCAAAUCACUGCCCACCAACAAUAUCCAGCGCUGCGAAGCCUGGAAAGCCGAGGCGCGCCGCGUCGAGGGCAGCUGCUUCAUGUGCCGCUCCAAGCGCAAGGUUUGCGACAUGCAGGUCGUCGUGGACCGCCGGGCCCAGGAGGCCAGCGACAAACGUGUGGACCAGCACUGCAGCGACCUGCUGAGCAGCGCCCCCGGGAAGGCCGAGAAAGCCGAGCAGGCCCGCCGUGAUCUCCACAACCAACAAUGGCGGUGGCAGAAGCAGCAGCAGCAGAAACAGAAACAGCAACGACCCGCGGCAGCACCGGCGAGGCCGGCACGGCCACCGCCGGCUAUGCGGCCGGGCCACGUCGCCACGCAGCAACAACAGCAGGUAAGGCCAACUAAUGGCUACAGCAGUAGUAGUAGCAGCAACAGCAGCAGCAGCAGCUUCAGUAACAGCAGACAGCCGGUUGGACAGCAGCGCAUUGCGAUUCCGAUGUCCAAGUACUCUACAAUGGCCAACGCCAGGCCGUCGCCCAUGCCACAGGGACCGCCGCCGCCGCCGCCGACCGCGCCGACUAGGCACAGGCCGACGAGGGAGAGGCGGGCUACGCAGCACCCGGCAGCGGCGGCACGCGCUAUAUCCCCCGUCGAGGGGUCCGAUAGCGGGACAUUCACGCCGUCGCCGUCAAGUCCCGUGGCUCAGGUUAAGGUUAAAUACGGCAAGUCCUACUUUGACCUUGACUAG